GAUGGGGCGGCCCCGCGCGGCGGCGGCGGCGGCCGUGGCGGUGGCGGGGGUCGGGCCCGGGCGGCGCCGGAUGGGGCGGCCCCGCGCGGCGGCGGCGGCCGUGGCGGUGGCGGGCCGGGGAUGGGAGCGGCGCGGGGCGCCGCGCUGAGGGCCGGUGCGCUGGGGCUGCUGCUGCUGGCGGCCGGCGCCUGUUACUGCCUCUGGCGGCGGGCGGCGGGCGGAGGCCGCCGGGGGCGGCGGGGACCAGGCGCUUCGGCCGGGGGCGGCCGGGAGGCGCCCUGCGGCCCGCCCUCGGUGUUGACAGAUAACCAUCCUCCCAAAUCACCCCAUACCAUGGAUGCUGAUGAUCUGCAGAAACUUAUUCACUUACUCCAGUCCACAGAUGAUCCAUUAAUUCAAGAACAAGCUUUAAUCACUCUCAGCAACAGUGCUGCCUUCUCUGUGAAUCAAGAUAUAAUUCGAAAUUUGGAUGGCCUUUCUAUUAUUGGAAGGGUGCUCUCGGAUUGCAUCCCCAGGGUUAAAGAAAAAGCACUAAAUGCUCUUAAUAAUUUGAGUAUGAACAUUAAAAAUCAGAAAGAGAUACAGGUAUAUAUUAUGCAAGUUUGUAAGGACAUUGAGUCAGCUCCCUUGAACUCUGAUUUGCAGCUAGCUGGACUCAGAUUGUUGACAAAUAUGUCUGUUACCAGUGACUACCACCAUAUGAUGAUAAACUCAAUUCCAUGCUUUCUUCAUUUGCUUUCAGAAGGAAAUGAAAGGACACAGAUUCAAGUUCUGAAAGUACUUGUGAACCUAUCUGUGAACCCAGCCAUGACAAGACACAUUCUCAGAGCUCAGGUGCCAUCAUUGCUGUUACUUUUUGACAACUGUAUAAACAGAGACAUUCUGCUCAGAGCCCUCAUGUUUGCAGCAAAUUUGAAAAAGAACGUAAGCAAUGAAGAUGGCACCAUGCUUCAGAACUGGUACAGUGAAGAUUCAGUUUUCUUCACACUCUGCGGGGAUUCCACCCCAUUUGCUCAGAAAUUGGCAUCUUUAUUGCAUCACCCUGAUACAGAAGUGAAGGAGCAAGUUGUCAAAAUAUUAACACAAUAGUCAUUAAAAAAAAAAGUUACUUAAUUAGAA